UAACAUAUUACAUUGUGUCCCGUUUUAUUUCAACAGAGGAUAUAUGUGGGGAACAUAGAGUGAUCACCCCUAUGAAUGUAUAUAAUUGGUUUGCAAACAGAAGGAAAGAUAGAAAACGGAAAGCAAGAGAAAUAGCAAACGGCCAGACAUCAGAUGCAUCAGGUGACGUAGAAUCCCUGGAUUCUGUUGAUGAUCUUGGCCAUGAUCAACUCUCACCCAAUGCAUCCAACGCAGAAAAUAUGGCUGGCACCAGCAACCUCCCGACAAACACAGACUUUUUCUCCCAGAUCAACACAAACUCUUCACAAAAGAAUGCUGACAACCAACUUGGUGUGGUCGAGACUUCAUUACCGACAUCUAUUAUGCCGGUUCCACUUUCCCUUGAAGUUCAUGGAAGUUCAAUGAAAGAUGAGGAUCACAGAUUUGUAGGCCAUGUUAGGUCGUUACUGGAGAACUAACAAAUGUAUAUUUUAUAGAGGAAUUUUUAUAAUUGGAAGUAGGACAUAAUUCUUGGGAUGUUUACUGUUUUUUAUGCAUGUUGAUUAACAUAGAAAACAAGCAGUAACCUCUUGAGACAUGUUCAGGAUUUCUUCUGAAAAAAAAAAAAAUAGAAAGUCGAGUAUGGUACGCAAAUUAAAUUAGGUAUGGAGCGCACUAACCUCAAUAGAGAGUGAGUAACCCCAAAUUAGGCCUGGUAGACCGUGGGUUGAGGAUCGAAAACGUUCAAUUCUGUGACCCACCAAUCCGGGCUACCUGGCUUUUGCACAAAAAUGUCAAUACUAUUAAAUUGUAACAUAAUUUGAUUGUCGGCAAUCGU